GAGGAGGAGGAGGAGACAAGAAGGAAACGAAAGCUAACUUCAGUUCAUAGGUUUAUUGUGUUCAGUGUGUUGUGUUCAAAGAGAAGCGCUUUGUAUCGGGUGUGUUCACUGCGUUACUUUGUUACAAUGCAACGAGAACAUCAGAGAAGUUCAUCAUCAGAUCUGCUGUGUUGUUUGUGUAAGAGAGCAGAUGAGACAGAAAUCACAGGCCCCCUGUCCUGUAAACAUGGCACUGCUGCCCACCAGAACUGCCUGCUGUAUGCGUCUGGAAUCUACUGUAAAAAUUCUCCCACCUAUGAUGACUUGUUUGGCUUUGAUGUGGAGGACGUAGAAAGAGAGGCACGAAGAGGAGGAAAAUUAAAAUGCCACCUCUGUAAUAAGACUGGAGCUACAGCUGGGUGUGAAGUUAGAUCCUGUAAGCGCUCGUUCCAUUAUCCCUGUGCCCACAAGGCUCGGGCCGUACCUAUGGAGGACACACAGAGUGGAAUCUUCAGGUUAUAUUGUGCAAAGCAUAAUCCAGUUACCUGCAAUGUUGAAAAUGAUAGAGAUGGAAAAGAAAAAGAUGCUGAAUCAUUACCUUCUUCUUCUGACCCUAAAAGCUCAAAGGACAACAAUCAUGCAGGAUCUGAGGAAAAUGAGAUGUCAUUUAGAAGGAAAAGGAGAUACAACGAAGUCUAUUCUGACUCCUCCGAUGAAACUGAUUUGGAGUGUGCACCGAUAGAAUCAGAGAUUGAGGAUAACACACCUCCAGAUAAGAAUAAGCAGCCAGCGCUUGACUCUAAACCCAGAAGCAAGCAGCACAGAACAGUUACUUUUACUGAUGACGACGUGAACAGAGAUUCGGUUUUUGUGUCCAAGUGCCGGAUAGAAUUGUUCCACGAAGACAAUGUUCCAUUCACCGUUAUUACAGAUUCAGGAACUUCUGUUGAAUCAGUUACAGAGAACAGCCCAGAGCCCUUGUGCUCCUCUCCACCAAGCCCAGAAGGCACCCGUUUGAGUAAGAUGGAUAAGUCUUUCUGUGCCUCGGCAGACGACGUCAUCCUUUCACCAAACCCACAUUCGCCUACCAGUCCAUCUCUCGGCUACCCUCUACUCGACACCAUGAAAGAAAUCUUGGAUAAAGAAGUUUCAGUGAAACUUGGAUGUCGCGCAUCUCUGAACGAACCACCUUUAAUGAGCUCCAAUGAUGAGACGCCAGGAUCUCACUCAAAGCGCCCUCACGAUCGUCCACUAGACCUUACAUCUCCAGGAGGGUGCAGUCAGAUCGGCGACCCCGUAGGCGACGUGGGUGUUUCGGACUCAGCUGCUGCUCUCUUCUGGAGGAGAUGUAACGAGGUGGGCUGCACGGAGGCCAUAUUCACACAGCUCACACGACAGAUCUCUAGCUUGGCUGAGAAGGUGAAGAAUCAGCAUGCCACACAACAGGAUCACGCCGUCUCUCUCAGGAUCCUGGAGGCAUCUGGAAGGCUCCCUGAAAUAUUCAAACAAAUGGAGCAAGACUUCGAAGAUCAAGAAAGACAGCUGAAGAGAAAGAGACAGGCGUUAAGGGACGCCAAGGCCGUGCUUGAAGAGAAUCGAUUUAAUUAACGUUUUUUUAAUGAAUUUGUUAACUUCCUAUCCUCUAUUUACAUUCAAUUUUUUUAUAUAUUUGUUUAUUAUUUUUUUUGUAUCUCAAGCUUAAAGGCAGGGUCUCAGAUGUUUGAAAGCCAAUGUUGACAUAUAAAAUCACCAAAACAAACACGCCCCUAACCCAAACGGGUCCCACACGCGCACUGAACGCUCUCUCCGCCCAUAUCGACAAGCCCCGCCCCUUUCUGCUCAUCGUCUACACGUUUGUUUUGUUUUUGUUUAGUUUGUCGUCCCGACUCGGUUUUCCGAAGCAUUACUCAAAAAUCGCAGACCCCACCUUUAAAUCGAUACUCUGUAUUAAACUCAUGUUUAGUUCAGCA